AUUAAAGCCAUGUUAGCUAUAACUGACGGUAAAAUUUUGCAUGCUAAUCUGUUCUGAAACAUUCACCUACUUGUUAAACUAAGAUAAUACUAAGAUUCUGGAAAGAAAAUGCAACAUGAUAAACAAAAGAAAGCUGUUAAUUGCAUUCCUGCUGUGCACGUUUUUGAACUGGCCAUUGCCUUCAUUAUCUUUCGGACACAUGAGCCGAUUAUUCCCGAGUGUAAGCGGGAUGCUGAUAACGAGGUCAGACGAAGAUGGAAUCUGAGGUAAGAAGGCUGCUUUGUCUUUGUUUGCAAUAUUUUUGAGUUAGCUGAAUAACUUUCAAGCUAAAACAAUGUAAUAUACUGUAAAUAUAAAUGAAAAUUUAGUAUUAAACAUUCUGAAAAUAAGAACUCGUCAGAAUCUUGCAAACUGCUUCAUUUACAUAUAAUGAGGCACCAAAGAGGGUUUUUUGUAAUCCAUAUGAAUAGCUAGAAAAAAUCGUAUUUUGGGAAUGUUUACCAUUUUAAUGAUUUUAACCCAUAAAAUAUGGAUAUGUAAAGGAUGCCUUUAUACAGAUAUGACACAUUUUACCUGUUAGGGAAUUUUAAAAAUACAUAAAGGAUAUUAAAUAAUGUUUUGAUAUUGUGAAUUUGCAGAAAAUAUUAUAGUUACUCUAUUUCUUUUUUAAAGGACUCAAAUAGAUCUAGAAGUGAUGUUGAAUUUAAUAGUUCAUCGUCAGAGUACUUGCCAGAGCCAAAUAUAAGAGGAAGAGGAAAUACUAGUAGAUCAAGACGGGGUCUUACAGCUGCACUAAGAGGUCGAAAUAGAGGGCGUGGACGUGUUGGUGUCAGGAGAGGGAGGCGUGGUGGGCAUGCACACCAGGGGCCAAAUAGGCAACAAUUAGCAAUCAGAGCCAGACAGGAGAGGCAAACACAUAUAGAAGUAAUAUUUAAACUUUAUUUCAAUAUUUAUAUCAUUAUAAAUAAAUAUAUAAAUACAUAUAAUUCAUAUAUACAAAACUACUAAAUAUAUAAUAAAAUAUUGUGGGAAUGCAUUUCAUCAAUGGACACUGAGGGAUUAAGAACAGUCCUGAGACUUGUUUGUUCAAAGCAACCCUCAUUUAUGCUUGACAUAAUGGAAACGCUUGAGGGUGGUGGACCAGAACAACCAGGCUCUGAGAGCAGGACUGCACCAAGCUGGUGCAUCUGCACUUACUGCAGGGAGAUGCCCACUGACAGAGAAAAAGUGUGCUGUGGCAAAACAAAGCAGAAUUGUCAGUCAAGGCUACCAGAUUUCUACACAGUGGUUCUUGAUGAACUUGUUCUUGAAGUUGCCAUGCGGUACUACAAUGAUGUACUGGCUGAGCCGAGAGAUGACAACAUCAACAGAUCUCGGAGGUAUGCUGCCUACAGACAGUUCAUCAUGUGGGUCCAUGGCAAACUUGGGGCAGGCAACAGAAAAGUCAUCCCUAGCUGUUGUGUAUGGCGGAUCAGAGACACUUUCCCAGAACCAUCGGGACAGUAUGUUGGGUAUCUGGAAGGUGUAAUGGACUAG